UCGAUGGUUGGUUCACGAAAAGUUUGAGUGUAUUGUUGGUUGAUUGUUGACAAACAUUUUUCUUAUUAUUUUACAAUAAAGUACAUUCAUUUUUAAUGUAAAAUCGUAUUUCACAAUGGCCGAAUCUGUACCAUUAUUAAUAUCUUGUAAAACUCUUAAGCCAGAAUUUGAAAAAUUGAGCAGAAUUCCGUUAAUCUCUUCUGAGUUUACUAUUGGAAGAGGGCUAAAGAACUCUAUUGUUAUACCAUUCUUAGCUAUAUCUAGAAAUCACUGUGCUAUAAAAAAGAAUGAAAACAAUGAUUGGAUAAUUGAAGAUUAUAGCUCUUUUGGUAUAUCAGUCAAUGGUGAAAAAUUGGGUAAAGAUAAAUCGAGAACACUUUAUAAUGAAGACUGUAUUGCCUUGGAUCUUUCUGAAGAAUUUGUUUACAAAUUGGUUUUGGAGCCGGAAGAAGAAGGUCCUAGGAAGAAGAGGAAAAUUGAAAUUAUAGAAACUAGUAAUGAUUUUCUUGAUAAUGUAAAAAUAAAGUUUGAAGAAUCUCAAAAUUAUGAAAUAAAGCAUAUAGAGGAAAAAAUACAAAAUGCCAAACAAAUGCAAACAACAUCUAUGAUAUUGAAGCGGCAGUUACAGCUUGACAUGCAGCGGAAGAUUCAGCAGCUGGAGAGUAAAUAUGCUGCACAGAUAGAGAACUUGCAAGGUGAGAAGAAUGAAGUAGAGAAACAGAAAGCCUUGCAUGUGGCAGAGAGAGAUGCUCAACUCACUACCAUCAGGCAAGAAAUGGAAGGCAAAAUUGCUGAAUUAAUGGAACAAAUUGAAAAACACAAUGAGGCAGAGUCAGAACUCUUAAAAGAAAAUAACACACUUAAAGAAAAGUUGCUAAAAGAACGUGAAGAGUUUCUAUCAGAACUUAACCGCAAGAAUUCUUCAAAAGAAGAAAUGUUAGAAAAACUUGAGGCUAAGAUAAGGGAACAAGAGGAAAUUCGUUCUAAAGAGAAGAAAGAGUUGGAGGAAAUGUUAAGAAAAGAAACUGAACAGCUUAGAUUCGCUAAAGAAAAAGAAUUGAGAGAAUUAGAAGAGCAGAAAAGACAGAGAGAGUCUGAAUUAGAACAGGAACUUGAAAAAAUAAGAAAGAAUUUUGAAGAGAAAGUGCAACAAACAGAACAAGAGAAAAUGAGAGCAGAGCAGCAACUUAAUGAGCAGGUUGAGCAAAUGAAGAAACUCAAUGAAGAAGAAAAAUCUAAGAUGGAGCAGUUGGUUUUGGAAAGAGCAGAAAUAGAGAAACAAUUGGCAGAAUCUCAAGCGAAGUCAGAGAAAACACUUGAAGAAUUAAAGUCACGUGUUACAGAGAGAGAAACUGAGUUAGCAGCUUUGGCUGCCGAGCGGAUAGAGAAACAAGUGGAACAGUCUAGUGGAGUCAUAAACUCCUUGCAGGAACAAUUGGAGAAGGUAAAAAAACAGUUAGAAUCGGUGGAGUCUGAAAAAAAUACGCUUCUUGAGAAUAUGUCCCUGCCAGAGGUGAAAAUGGGCGAAGGGCCUUCGAAGCAAAGCACCCUGGCGGAAGUAGGGGAGGUUCUGGAGAGUGAACUCCAGUGCAGCAUCUGCGCUGAAUUGUUCAUCACUGCCACCACUCUCAACUGCUCACACACCUUCUGCAAAUAUUGUAUUACCAUGUGGAAGAAAAAGAAGAAAGACUGCCCUAUUUGUAGGUGCCCUAUUCAAUCGGAAUGCAAAAGCAUAGUCAUAGAUUCAUUUAUAGAAAAGAUGGUACAAAAUUUAACAGAAGAGCUUAAGAAAAAAAGGCAGGACCUACUAAAGAACAGGGAAGAACAGGAGUUAGAACUGUGGCGACAGCCCAGCGCUUCCACCAGUCGAGGAGAUCAUAGCUAUGGAGAGGCCAGUUACGAAGACUCGGACUUCGAAUUCCUCGAGGAGGAGGAGGAGGAGGACGAAUACGACUACGUUCCAGACGACUACGAGGACUUCUACAGCUGGCAGCAUCGCUUCCUCCCCUCCGAUACAAGUAGUGGACCUGACGACGAUGACCUCUCCCCGGAUAGCGCCGCGGGGCCCGCCGCCGCGCCCCCCGGUCAUCAUGCUGCCGGCAACACUGGUGCGGCACCGGCUGCCGCAGCCGAGCGGCGCCGGCGGCGGGUCGCCGGUGUACCUGGUGCCUAUUACGGCGGCUACGGCCGCUGCUACAGCUGCGGCGCACGCGGCCACUGGGCCCCCGGAUGCCCUUUCAGAUAACUCCAACUGAACAAGCUAAGCCUGAUAAUGUUAAUACUGUAUCUACAAUUCGAUAUAAUAUAAUUAAAAAGCCGAUGGA